AUGGCAGAAUCUGCUACCCUGAUAGAUACACCGAAGAGAGGGAAGCUUCAGUCACAAGCUAACGAUUUGAAGAUCGCAUUGAAAGAUUUCGAAAGGACAUUUGCCGCAGAACAUGAUGGCAAGAAACCCGGUCGUGAGGAUAUCAAGGCCAAUGCCGAGAUUUCAAGCAAGUACAAAGAGUACAACAAGUUACGAGAUGUUAUAGCCGGAAAAUUGGGCAUUGAUGCCCUAAAUGUGCCAUCACAACAAGAGCAGAAUGCUCGAAUUCGACAGAGGAAGCAUCACCGAACCGAUAGCGCGAUCAGCUUAAACCCCCACCGACCACACAGCAUGGAGACUCCCUCCAAAGGACGGUACCAUCCGAGCCAACUCGAUCCGUAUGACGCACCAGGCUCUGCGUCACCCAAAGUUAUGCUCCAGACCGUGGGCCCGACACCACAUCGUGAUGGCACAAUUCUUGGGAUCUUCGACAUGUUAUAUUCAUCUGGAGGGUCGCGGAAGAGCUCUCAGGAGACUCCAUCAGGAGGCAAGAGAAAGAUAGAUGUUUUAUACGCGGAUGCAGUUGAAACGAGAGAUUUGCCAAAGACCAUCACACAACCCCCCCGACGGAACCAAGAUGGGAAGUCAGUCAGUCAAGCUGAACAUUUGUCUACAUCGGUGCCGAGGUCAGGAGCUGCCACAGGGAGGAGAAAUCACUCUAAGACCCCGGUUAGUGAGAGCAAGAGAUUCAUGUUACAACACUUCUUCACAACUCCAAGCGCAGUGCGUUUCGCGACCAUGCUGCAGGAUGAGGCCGGUGCUGAUGCGAGGACACCUGCUGUACAUAAAACACCGCUGCGUGAUCAGGUACUCGGUGUAUCACCAGCAAAGGGGCAAGUCCCAGCUGCAGCAGAUGCCACACCCCCGUACCUGAAACGGUCGUUCUCGUUCAAGGAACGGCUCUUAUCUGUCUCAGGGAUCCCAGCGUCGCCUUCGUCUUCACAACGCUUGGCAAGUCCAACAUCUACUCGAAUCCUCGGACCUCGGACUCUUCCCCGCGCCAAGUUCGCACCAAAACCUCUGAGCCAAAUCAUCGCAGAUCGAGCAAGCCAGCAGAACGACCAACCGAGGGCGAUGGAGGUGGAUGAUAAUGAUGACGACCUGGACGCACUGCGUGAGAUGGAGGAGGAAGAUCUGAACGUACCCGUUGGUGACAGUAAGAGUCACGAUUCUCUGGUCGCCGGCGACUUUGAAGGAUCAGCCAGGACCUGGAAGAAGAAGGGGCAGAAGAGAACAACACGCCGAGCGAUCAUGAAACCUACAAGGAUGAAACCGGCGGCAGCUCCGAGGUUUGUUGCUGCAGACGAUGAUGAGGCUGAGGAUGACGAUGGCGAUGGCGACGAUGACGAUCAAAUGAUGGAUCCUGACGUGUCUCGGGUUGAAGAGACGCAGCACCUGCCAGAUGAUGACGAACUGGAAUACCUCAUUGCAGAAGCAGAGCAAGCAGGCCACGACGAAGACUACACCCACGACACUAUUCAGUGUGACUGGGAUGAUGACAACGAGGACCCCUUCCUCGCCGACCAAGCCGCCAGCGAUGUCGAUGUCGAAAGCCCAGUCAAAAGAAAGAAAUCACCCGCACCCUCCAAGAAUUCCAAAUCCCAUUCCAAAUUCACAUCCAGAUCAUCUCGAGCACUCCAGGACACCAACGGGUCCGAACUAGUAGCAAAGGCGACGACCAAGUCGAAAUCCAAAACAAAGAAACCCAAAGCUCAGAAAAAGGAUGCACAGCACAAUGGCGAUGGCGAUGAUGACGAUGACGACGACAACAGCAUCGUCGCCAGGAAAAUCAACCCGAACGCACAAUCGCACAUGAACUUCCGCAGCCUGAAGAUCAGGAACAAGAACUCCAGGGCCAAGGGUGUUGGUGGUGGGAGAGGGUAUGGCCGGUUUGGGAGGAACAAUAGAAGAAGGUAA